AUGACUACUAUCGGCUCCGGUCUGAAUAUGCUUUUCUCUCUACGUUCGCCUUCAAUUACGAUUACAUCCUAUGUUGCGCAACUCAUCGUCUAUCCCGUCGGUCUUGGCUGGGACAAGAUCAUGCCAAACCGACAACACACAACUUUUGGUGUCAAAUGGAACCUCAACCCUGGCCCUUUCAACUUCAAGGAGCACGCUAUGAUCGUAAUCAUGGCCAACGCCUCGUUUGGAACAGGUGUGGGAUAUUUCACCGACAUCCUUCAAGCUCAGCGCGGCUUCUACAAGUUCAAUUGGGGUUGGGGAUUUGGUGUGCUUGUUGCUCUGAGCACCCAAUGUGUUGGCUUUGGUCUUGCUGGUCUCUUCUCUCGCUGGCUAGUCGAGCCGGCUCCUAUGAUUUGGCCUCAAGAUCUAGUCAAUUGCGCCUUCAUGUAUACCCUCCACGACAACUCCAAGACAGAUCCUGCAAGGACAAACGGUUGGUCCAUCUCUAGGUAUCGCUGGUUCUUCUAUGUCUUCCUGGGUUCGUUCCUGUGGUACUGGUUUCCUGGCUACAUUGCUCAGUUCCUAAGCGUCUUCGCAUUUCCUACCUGGAUCGCGCCCAACAACAUCACUGUCAACAAGGUCUUCGGAGGCUUCAGUGGCAUGGCACUCCUGCCUCUCACCUUCGAUUGGACUCAAGUUACUGGAUAUGUCUUCAGUCCUCUUAUUCCUCCGUGGCAUGCCAUCGGUAAUACGCUGAUUGGUCUUGUCGUUUUCUAUUGGAUCACGAGUGCAGCUGUACACUUCAGUGGAACCUGGUAUGCCGAUUACUUGCCAUUCAGUACCUCCAGCUCUUACGAUAACACNGGUAAGUAUUCUAUAAUCAGUUCUUGUUUCUAUACUAACGUAUUAUAG